UCCUCAGGCUGGGACAGGAGAUCACACACUGGGCUGCCAGUUCAGCGGAGUUCCCUCCUCCCUCUCCCAGUAGGAUCGGGACCCGUUGGGAUUCUGGCAGCGGUGGGAACUCUGGGAUGAGGUUUCUGAAUUCGGGGAAGACUGUUUCUCUAAUCCCAGCAUAUGUGUCGCAGUGCAGGAGGACGUGUAGCCACCUCUGUCUCUGUUUCCACGUCUUUCCGGCCCUCAGAGUGCAAGGAGGUCAUGGAAUCGUCCCAGGCGGCUUUCAGCCAAUCACAGCAGCUGAGGCAGGAGAUCCGGCAGGCGAUUGGCCAGGCCGUCGCCCGGCAACGGGCCACCCACCAAUCCGUGAGCGAGGGGCUGGUCCGGAAGAUUGCGGAGACCGUGACCCUGUCGCAACGCCUGGCCCUGAGCUCCGCAGUCCGACAGGCCGUGCACCAGCAGCAGAGGCAGCUGGACUGGAUUCAGCACAGCCGGGACUCGGCCCUGGGCCCCGUGUCCAGCGCCGACCUGCUGACCCGCGAGAGGCUGGACAGGCCUGUGGUCAGAGUCUACCAGCGGCACCCCGGGACGCAGCUGCCGGAGGCCGGCGCCCUCAUCCAGGUGAUGCAGGGGUCUGCAGGAGACGCAGGCGGGGGGGUGUCUGCGUCCUGCUACAGUCUGCCCACGGAAGAGCUGCCUGCUUCAAAACUUCCCUCUCACGCCAGCUGCAACUGA